CCGCGGGGCCGCGCUCCCUGCCCCGCUCCCCAUGUAGGAGGGGGGUGUUGGCGGCAGGGAGGGCCGAGGCCGGGGUGAAUGGUGCGAGGAGCGGGCGCUGAGGAAGUUUGAAGUUUUGGGGGUUUUGGAGGAUUCCCCCCCCCCUCUCCUCUCUCGAGCACAGUGGAGGAGGAAUGCCAAAUCCGGAGAGACAUGGGGGCAAGAAGGAUGGGGGCGGCGGGGGGUCCUCGCAGCACGGGCCUGGCAGCGGGAGUUCGAACAGCAAGGAGAGGCACCGGCUGGCCUCCAGGCACAAGAGGCAUAAGUCCAGGCACUCCAAGGAGUCACCGCUGGCAGCCCAGGAGACAGCGGCACCCUUGGGCGCGAUGAUCAAGCCGCUGGUGGAGUACGAUGACAUCAGUUCAGAUUCGGAUACCUUCUCGGAUGAUGUGGCCCUCAAGCUGGACAGGAGGGAGAACGAGGAAAGGAAAGCGGACAGGAGCGAGAGGAUACAGAAGCACCGGCACCACCAGCACAAGCGCAUUCGUGAGCUGAUGAAGAGCAAACAGGCAGAAAAAGAGAGAAAGUUAGAGAAGAGCCUGGAGGCAUCCAGCAGGUCCGGGUCCACCAAGGACAGAGUAUCGGGAUCCUCCAAGAGACUCCUUGAGACCGAGGAGCACCCCAAGUCACUGUCCUCAAAGAGUAGCAACAAGGAAUCCCGGUCAGCCAAAGCGCACAAGGAGAAAUCCAGGAAGGAUCGGGAGCUCAAGUCCAGCCACAAAGAGCGCAGUAAAAGCCAUCGGAAAAGGGAUGCUCCAAAAAGUUACAAAACAAUCGACAGUCCGAAGCGGAAAUCCAGAAGUCCUCACAGAAAAUGGUCCGACAGCCCUAAAUUGGACGACAGCCCCUCAGGAGCCUCCUACAUCCAGGAGUACGAUCUCAGCCCUCCCCGCUCUCACACAUCCAGCAACUAUGAUCCCUAUAGGAAGAGCCCUGGUGGCUCCUCGCGCCGGCAGUCGAUCAGCCCACCCUACAAGGAGCCCGUGGCCUACCAGUCGAACACUCGCUCUCCCAGCCCUUACAGCCGGCGGCAGAGGUCCAUAAGCCCCUAUAACAGGAGGCGAUCCUCGAGCUACGAGAGAGGCAGCGGGUCAUACAGCGGGAGGUCACCGAGCCCUUACGGCCGACGGCGUUCAAGCAGCCCGUUUGCCGCGAAGCGCUCUGUGAGCCGAAGCCCCAUCGCCAGGAAGUCUGUGAAGUCCCGAAGCCGAAGUCCUGGGUAUUCAAGACACUCAUCAUCUCACAGUAAAAAGCAGAGGUCUGGGUCACGCAGUCGCCAUUCCAGUAUAUCACCGACAAGGCUACCGCUGAACUCCAGUCUGGGGGCAGAACUCAGCAGGAAGAAAAAGGAGCGAGCGGCAGCAGCAGCAGCUGCAGCCAAGGUGGAUGGGAAGGAAGCAAAGGGCUCACCUGUUUUCCUGUCUAGAAAGGAGAACAGCUUAGCUGAACUUAAGGAAUCUGGAACAGAAUCAAAAAAGGUCAUCAAAACUGUUAAAUCUGAAAAAUCGUCUUCAGAUACAGAAUUAGUGAAUUUACUGUAUACGAACACAGAGACUAAAGCCCCUGCAGAGACAACAAAAAUCAAGGCAGAGGAGAACUCUGAGAGGAAACAUCCUGUUCCAGUUAGAGAUUCGAAACAGACGGGAACAAAAGACUUGAAGCCUGUAGCAGUAGUAGAGGACCUACUAUCUCCAAAAGAGACAGACACAGCAGAGAAGGAGAUUCCACCCCCACUACCCUCAAUAAAAUCACCUCCUCCACCUCUGCCAACAACCACACCACCACCUCCAACUCCGCCGUUGCCGCCUUUGCCUCCAUCACCUGCUGUUCCACCUUUGCCACCAUCCCAACUGACUCCCGUUCAGGUCCCUACUUCAGCCCCAACAUCUUUGCCAUCUUCUUCCCACCCAAGGACGUCUACUUUAUCCUCUCAGGUGAACUCUCAGUCCUCUGUCCAAGUCGCUACAAAAACACAAGUGUCUGUGACGGCUGCUAUCCCACACCUGAAAACUUCAACGUUGCCUCCGCUUCCGCUCCCCCCUAUUUUAGUUGGGGAAGAUGACUUGGAUAGUCCAAAAGAGAUUCUUCCUCCAAAACCUGUGAAGAAAGAUAGAGAGCAGAGACCACGACACUUACUCACGGACCUCCCGCUCCCUCCAGAGCUCCCUGGGGGGGACCCAUCUCCUCCUGACUCCCCGGAACCAAAGGCAGCCACACCACCUCAGCAACCGUUCAAAAAGAGACCAAAAAUCUGUUGUCCUCGGUAUGGGGAGAGGAGACAGACGGAAAGUGACUGGGGGAAGCGUUGUGUGGACAAGUUUGAUAUCAUUGGAAUUAUUGGAGAAGGGACGUAUGGGCAGGUGUACAAAGCCAAGGACAAGGAUACAGGUGAAUUGGUGGCUCUCAAGAAGGUGCGACUGGACAAUGAAAAGGAAGGCUUCCCUAUCACAGCCAUCCGUGAGAUCAAAAUCCUUCGGCAGCUGAUCCACCGCAGUGUUGUUAACAUGAAGGAAAUUGUCACGGACAAACAAGAUGCACUGGAUUUCAAGAAGGACAAAGGUGCCUUUUACCUUGUGUUUGAGUACAUGGACCAUGACCUAAUGGGGCUGCUAGAAUCUGGCUUGGUACAUUUCUCAGAGGACCAUAUCAAGUCUUUCAUGAAACAGUUAAUGGAGGGUCUGGAUUAUUGUCACAAAAAGAAUUUCCUUCAUCGAGAUAUUAAGUGCUCCAACAUCUUAUUGAACAACAGUGGGCAAAUCAAACUUGCAGAUUUUGGACUCGCCCGACUCUACAGCUCAGAGGAGAGCCGUCCAUACACAAAUAAAGUCAUUACAUUGUGGUAUCGACCUCCAGAAUUGCUGCUAGGUGAGGAGCGUUACACACCGGCCAUAGAUGUGUGGAGCUGUGGCUGUAUCCUCGGGGAACUGUUUACAAAGAAGCCUAUUUUUCAAGCCAAUCUGGAACUGGCUCAGCUUGAAUUAAUCAGCCGGCUCUGUGGGAGCCCCUGUCCAGCAGUGUGGCCAGAUGUCAUCAAGUUGCCCUACUUCAACACUAUGAAACCGAAGAAGCAAUACCGAAGGCGCCUGCGUGAGGAGUUCUCCUUCAUUCCUUCGUCUGCUCUCGACCUGCUGGACCACAUGCUGACGCUAGACCCUGGCAAGCGCUGCACAGCAGAACAGGCCCUGCAGAGUGACUUCCUUAAGGAUGUUGACCUCAGCAAAAUGGCACCUCCAGACCUUCCCCACUGGCAGGAUUGCCACGAGCUGUGGAGCAAGAAACGCCGACGGCAGCGGCAAAGCGGGAUUGCAGUGGAGGAGCCGCCAUUAUCAAAAGUUUCUCGGAAAGAAACUACCUCUGUUACAAGCACAGACACUGUCAAAAACAACAGCAGUCCUGUGCACCCACAGCCCGCCCAGCUCAAAACAGAGUCUGGUGCUGGAGAUGCAGUAGGCCUUGGAGAAAUCACCCAGCAGCUGAAUCAGAGCGAACUAGCUGUUUUACUGAACUUGCUGCAGAGCCAGACUGAUCUGAGUGUCCCACAGAUGGCCCAGCUGUUGAAUGUACACUCUAACCCAGAGAUGCAGCAGCAGCUGGAGGCUCUCAACCAGUCCAUCAAUGCUCUGACGGAAGCUACAACUCAGCAGCAUGAGUCUCAGGCAGCAGCAGCAGAGGAAGCCAUAGAAGAGCCACCCACAGAGGCCCAGCUACCAGAGGAGCAGGCGACUCCAGAAACAGCCAGCGCUCAGGGAGAUAUGCAGAACGUGCUGGCUGUUCUGCUGAGUCAGCUAAUGAAGAGCCAGGAGCCUGUUAUAACCCUGGAGGAGAGCAAUGGGGAGAAGAGCAGCGAGCAACGGGGGCCAAGGAAAACCCCUACAAUGCAUCCAGAGGAAAGUACAGCAUGUCCUCCUCGCAUUCUCCCACCAGAGAAGAGACCCCCUGAGCCCCCCGGACCGCCUCCACCGCCGCCUCUGUCCGAAGGCGAUCUCUCCAGCGCAGCCCAAGAGUUGAACCCGGCCGUGACGGCUGCGCUGCUGCAGCUCUUUUCCCAGCAAGAGUCGGAGUCGCUCGGCCACGCGACACACGAACACCAAGCCUCGAGAGCCGCGGACUACGGCAGGUCCCACUCCUCCAGGACUUACAGCACCGAGGGCUCAGAGGGGGGAUUUGGUGCCGAGGAGCUGAAUUCAGGCCAGACGCUACUAGAACCCUCUGCCCAGCCUCUGGGGAAAAGCAGGACCUUCUUGGGCUCCGUGAGCCACCUUGGGGAGACGAGCAAUUACCAGGGCACAGGAUCUGUCCAGUUUCCAGGGGACCAGGACCUCCGCUUCGCCAGAGUCCCUGUCGCCAUACACUCGGUUGGGCAAUCUUUUACAAAACCCGAGGGGAGCAACAACACGCUGGUACAUCCAGAGGCCAAAAUUCAGAAUUACGGCGAGCUGGGACCGGGGACGGCUGGUUCCAGUGGGGCAGGAACAGGUCACAGCUGGGGUGCCCCAACCCAGGCGACUUCUUCUUAUGGGAAGGCGUACCGUGGGCCUGGCAGAGUGCCUCCGCGGGGGGGACGGGGGAGAGGGGUUCCUUACUGAGAGAUGCGCCUUUCGCACCGGUCCUCCCCUCCCUCGCCUGUCCACCUUUAGCGACAUGACUUUUUUUCUUUUUUUUUUUUUU